GCUAGCCCUCUUUGUCCGGCAGCGACUGUAGGCCAUAAUAGUCAUGGCCAAUUUCGCGUUUGAGGAUAAAUUUUAAUUGUAAGUUUAUCUGAUAUUGAUUGUUUGUCUUAUGACGAUUGGUAAAUAUGAACCAAUGUAACGUUUUCGGUCAUUUUAACGGGUAGUGUGAGCGACAUACCACUUGCAAAGCCUGAGCUAGCUGAUUUACUAGCUGUUCGGUUCCAAAUAGCUGGCUAGCUAACGCUAGCAAUCUUGCGAGUUCUUUCACAUAAGACACAUUGAAUUAAAUAACAGGUGAAUCGGCUCCUGCUACAAAAACAGGACAGUGUUUCAUACUGAAUGUGUGCGGGUCAUUUUCGCUGUAUGUAAACCGAUGCAUUUCCGCUCAUUCUAACCAUGCUUUAGCUAGAUCUCCGUAUUAUUUCUUCAGGUGUCUAGCUUUGCUAGCUAACAUUUACCCUCUUGCAACACAUCUGUAAUUGAUCAUAAGGAAGAAGGGGAGUGUAUCACCGAUAGCCAACAAAGAGAUUAGUUCGGUACAUGCUGGUAACUUAAGAGUGUUGCGCGGGCCUCGUCACUUCUUCGUGUUGAUGUUCACUAAUCCCGGGAAAGAGCAGACGUCAUUUUAAUGGCUGCCGAAUCGGGGAGACUACUGGCGGGACAAGGUCAAGGAAAACGAGGCAAAGGUUCCCAGAUGAAAAGCCCAGAGAAAAAAAAGAGGAAAUCCAGCACUCAGGGAGCCGCAUUCUCCCAGCUCUCUGAGUUUGCGCCUCCUCCAACUCCUAUGGUAGACCACUUGGUGGCCUCCAAUCCAUUUGAUGAUGAUUUUGGCCCUCCAGCACGCCCUGGUGGAGCUGGCGGUCCAGGAAGUGCACCUUUUCUGCCAAGCCCAGGGGCCAGUGGGGGAAGUGGAGGCUAUGGAGGGCCUGGAAGAAUGGGAGGGAGUAUGGGCUUCAUGGGUGGACCUGGAGGACCAGGUAGUGGACAGCCUGGGCGAAGACCCCCAUUUGGACCUCCACCACCCAACACAGGACCACACCAUGCAUUAGGAUUUGGGGGGAUGCCUGGAUUUGGAGGUGGGGGAGGUGGUGGUGGAGGUGGCUUUCCUCCAGGUGGGCCCUCUCAGUUCAACAUGUCACCUAAUUUCAGCCCCCCUAUGCACCCAGGACAGGGCUUUAAUCCUAUGUUAUCACCUGGUGGAAUGGGUGGUGGUCCUGGAGGUGGUGGUCCUCCUCACCCACGUUUUGGCAUGCAGCAGCCUCAGCAUGGACAGGGGGGUCAUCCGUUCAAUAGUCCUCCAUUGCCUGGAGGCUCAGGGCCUCGUGGCCCUCCUCAUGGCCCAAUGAAUCCUAUGGGAGGUAUCCCUGCAGGAAUGAAUAUGAUGGGAGGUAUGGGGGGUGGAAUGGGUGCAGGUAACAUGGUGGGAGGACACCCAGGUUUACCAACUCAGGGGCAGUUUACCCCAUCACAAGAUGGACCCUAUCCUGGGCCUGGUACUCCUGGUAGUGAAGAAGGCAAGAACUUUGUUGGUGGACCAGGUGCUGGUCCAUCAGGUCCUCCUCAGCCACCCCCUAACCUGAACCCUUCUGGCCCUCCCUCCAACAAUGCUACCCCUGGUCCGUCCCCAGCCUCAGUACCUCCGCAGCCUGGAGGAGGAUUCCCUGGUCACCCUGAUGUUCAGCAGUCAACACCCAACACACCUGGGCAGACCUCUUCUGCUCCUCCACCCAACCCUAAUUCCUCUCCAACUGGUCCUCUAAAUGGUCCCCAACCUCAACAAGUGCCACCUAAUCAACACCCUCCACCAAAUUCUGCUGGUGGCCCUGCUCCAAACACUCCAUCCAGCCAGCAGCUGCCGACACCACCCAAUUCUACCCCAGGCACUGCACCCUACAGUCAGCAGAACAGUGCUCCUGGCAGUGGUCCUAUGCCUAACCAGCCACCCAGCACCAACCAGAAUAACCUUAAUAGCAACAACAGUGGAGGGAACACUCCAGGUAACAACCCUAACCCUCCAUCCAACUCAACGUCCACGCCAAACACACAGUCUCCACUUCCCACUGGCCAAGCUCCACCCUCUACUGGCCCAGGUUCUGGCCCCCCAAAGCUGGGAGGGGGCAUGGUGUUCCCCUGUGGCUUCUGUCUGUCAGAAGUCCAUGAUGACCAGGAGGCCAUUCUGUGUGAGGCUUCAUGUCAGCGCUGGUUCCACAGAGACUGCACAGGCCUGACUGAACCAGCCUAUGGGCUGUUGACCAGGGAGAGUGCAGCAGUGUGGGCCUGUGACUUUUGCCUCAAGACCAAGGAGAUUCAGGCUGUGUAUGUACGCCAGAGCCUUGGACAGCUGGUGGCUGCAAAUGAGGGCUGAGGGAGUGGGAUUGAGAGGAAAGGAAGGGAAAAGAAAAAACAUAAAAUUGUGAUCAAUGCUUUUGAGCCUUGAAAUAAAACAAGUAAAUGCAAGUGAGCUAAUGAAAUGGAACAGGGUAGGAAUUGUAUGAAAAGACCUUAAACCAGUGGAGAAAGUGAAUGGAAGACAUGGACUGCCUCUAAUUCAAUGUUACUUCCUGUGUUUAGUUUUCACAAUCCACAUGAGCACUUUUUGGGCCCCUAUUCCUGGAUGAUUAGGCAAAAAGCAUGAUUUUUCAAGAAUACUAUGAAAAAUAGUGUUUAUGUCUACUACAAUCUCCACAUUUUUUGUGAUAUCAACCAUUUUAUAUCAGUGGUACAAUUUAGCUAAUAUAAAGUUGGGGGGGGGGGGGAGAUUUCUCUUCAGACUGCUCAAAUUAAACAAAUGCAAACAUGACCAUGAAAGUGCAAAAGAAUAUGUUGUCAUUUUAAACCAAUUACUUAACAUCUGCCUUUUGAUUUGCCAGUCAUUUUUCUCUGGAAAAAAAACAGCUUGUAUACCAGCAAAGCACUGACAACAACUCACUACCUCACAAAUUUGACAGUUGACUGGUACAAAUGCUUGGGCACUGACUGAGUAAUAUCUAAGAUGAGGUUUCCCUACACCGCCUUUCACUUUCUGUGUUUCCAUUUCAGUGUAUCCAAAAGAAACUAGAACCUUCCUUCACCUCUGAGAAAAAUGGUGUGGACACAUGUAGAUAAUGAACAUUAGUUACUGUUUUGUCUGUUCAUCUUGGGAUACACAGGAGUUGUCUAGACACAAAGACCCCUGUUAUUUCUACUCAUUCAACUUCCAGGUUUUGUCUUGAUAUACAUCCAUUUACCAUUUUUAUUCAAGAUUAAACACUGAGAUUUCAGUGUUGAUGGUUGGCUUUAUUGGGUGUCAUAACCAUAUCAAUUGUGAAUAGUCUUUGGAUUGCAUGUGAACCAAUGCAGUAAUUUGUCAGCCAUUUUUAAUUUUCUUUUACUUUGUUUUUUUUAAGGCCCCCCUGGGCUGUGAAGUAGACCAAAUAACAAUGAAUCAAAUAUCAGCUUUUAUUGCUGUCAUUGAGCAAGAUGUUUGCUAUUCUCUUGUUUCCACAUUUCUGUCCAAGUUGCCUUUUCUUAGCAAUUAACCCAGUCCCCUUCUUGGUACUAAUGUCUGUGCUUUCCAGUGUGCUUACUCUAGUGCCCUCUGUUGGCCAGGAUGGUGCAGUAACGUUUGCGUUGGGCAAAAGUCAGGUAAUGUUCUGAAAGCUAAAUGUUUUUGUAUGUGAACUUGGCUUUUUUAAUUUGUAGCCUAUUGUUGCAUUAAACUGGGUUUGACAACCCACUAAACCAA